GGGGCAACGCGGUUCCCGAAAGUUUCGAUCAGUUUUCGCCUGGGGGCUCGACGAGGCGAGACACGAAGGCGCCUCUGCGCAAGAGGAGCAACGAUGCCGAUGCCUCGAGGCCGACACUGCUGGAGCGCGCGGGAGGCCAUAGCCAGGGGCAAGAAGCCCCCGGCGGACCCCGCGGGGCAGGGGCAGGGGCAGGGCUUAGCUCCGCUGCGCUUCGCUUCGAGGGGCGAUGGCGCGCGCAGGCAGAAGAGCGUGCAGGAUCUGGAGCGCGGGUGGGACAGCAGCUGCGCGCCCGAGCCCGGGACCCAGCCGCGCUCGCCCCCGUACGGCUUUCGGGACCGGUGGUUCCGCACCGACGCCCCGCGGCCGCGGCCGCGGGCGGAAUCGGCCAAGAGGGGCAAUUCGUCGGGGGCUCGAGCCCAGCAGCUCGACCGGAUCUACGGCAAGCGCUCCGCAGCCCCGGGCGGCGGGGGCAAAUUGCCCCUCGAUCCCCGGGGGGCUUCGCGCAGGCGAGAUGGCGACAGCAAGCCCCGCUCGCUGCCGGGGUUGUCGUUGGCGCAAUUGCUCGAGCGAUCGCAGAGCCCGAGCCCUGGCGAUGGCGAUGGCGAUGGCUGCAAUUCGGGCAAGACCACGGCCAGAUCCGAUCGGUACCUGGACGGCGUGUGGGUGAGGAGCCCCCGAGGGCCAGGGGCCGAGGUGCAAUCGUCGCUGACGGCGAGGGCGUUUGGAGAAUUCGACGAUUUCUCGAGGUCCGAGCACGAGAGGGAUUUCGAGGCCGACUCGGGCUGGAUGGGAUCGAGCACGAGAAGCCCCCGCCGCGAGACUGUGCCCAGAGCCAAGACUGCCGAUGACGUCGUCGCGCACGAGAUCGACGAUCCGUUCCGCGAGAGCAGCUGGCUUCGGGCUUUUCAAGAUGGCCAGCGGAGGGAGAGGGAAAUGUAUGGGCUCCGUCGUUUCUCCACGGUCGAUUUCCUCGGUCGGAGCGUGCCCAAAGUUGCCGAUGAUUUGUCGUGGGCAGCGAAUUGUCGAGCGAAACUCAAGCCUCAAGUGAUCGCAUGAGCAUCGUCGCAAGGUUCGAUUCGCCGCAGGCCGAGAAGAAUCACCAUCUCGGCCCCGGAUCUUUCUCCCUUCAGAAACCAUGCACAGAAUAAUAAUGCUCCGACGCAUGCACAUUGUUCACGUCCAGGAAUAAAUCCAAGAAGCAAAAGUGAAUAAGGAAAACUGACACAAGGCUCCGGAUUCCUUGAGAUCGCGAUCCGCACAUCUUUUUCGACGAGGAAGGUUCCGCUGCAGUAUCCGGUGGCAACCGAGCGAGAGCCAGGAAGGAAAAUUCAAGACGAGUUUGCGAGGGCGACGCGCGAAAGCAAAUGGGGACAUCGUGAAGAACCCCAAUCGCUCGCCAAACGAGCCAGCAAUCGAUCACCCGAAACUCAAGGUGAUGAGGGUUGUUUAGUUAUGAACGUGAAUUUUAGUUUCUGAUAGUUUCUAUAUCUCAAUCAAUUCUGUCCUGCGUCGAAUUCGACCUGCAAAUCGAACGAGAGCAGACCUCACGCCGUAAAUUUCACAUCGGACGAUAAUGUUCGUCCUCGAUUGCCAGCUCCGGAGAAGUUACGAAAUAAUUCCAAGAGUCCUACUUAGGGUUACAAUCUGAGGACCAAAUCAACAACAGGUCAGUUCGCAGAGUUUUCUUUGAGGCGAAAACGACAUGGACCUCGUCCUAUCGCAGUGGGAUAAGGGUUACGACCACUGGCUGCAUGUCAGAUUAGAAAUUGAGCACGUCACGUGGUGAGAGAGUAGAACCUGUAAAAGAAGACCAUGCAGAGAAAGAGUGAAUUUCGAGAAUGGGGUUCUUCUCUGCAAGUCUGCAUCCGUCCCUCGAGCAUGAUCCAGCCACAUGAUCCAGCACAUUAGAGGAGAUCGAAUCGAACAAACUCGCCUUCGACUACAUCGGAGCUGACUCUCUUGUGGAGAAGAGGGUGAUUCGAACACCUUCGUUUCCGAGUCGAAGUCAAGUCGACGGUGAAUUCAUCUGGAGGCCAGAAUUCGAGGAGGGUAACGAGACAAACAUGUGUGCGCGGUGCACAAAGUCUCCCAAAGUAUGGAACUUCCACUUCGUUCUCGAGUUCAGCCGGCUUGCAUUGACCUCUAUGGGCCUCACUCAGUCUGCAGAAUGUCGAAUCGAAGCCAUCACGAUUGUGGCAUUUUUAAACGCUUGUAACAAUCUCGGACCCUGAAAGAUGGCCCAACCGCUUUUCGGUUCAGAGGACAGUGACGCACUACUACCUCCGCAAUGAUCCAUGGUUUGAUUCGUUGUGAAAUUAUUGAUCAGAAGAAGAGACCAGCCGUGAAUUAUUAGUUGUCAGUUUCUUCGAGGAACAGGCCCGUAUCGCCAUCAUCACUCGACAUCAUAUGAUUGUGAUGACUUCUGACUAGAAGCUUUCAUUCUACAGCAGAGGAAAACGACAACUUUCCCGACAGAUCUGCAUACAAUUCCUCGUCAAGGACACGGAAUCUAUUUGCGGGAAUCAGGUACGCCAAAGAAAGUCCCCAAAAGUUGGGAUCUGCCUCAAAGGACUGAGCUCGGGAGCAAACGAGACGUCCUCAGCUGCUGCACAUGUCACCUGUGCAGCUGUGGAAUGCGAUGGAUGACAAGUGAGCAGUUCCGGGCUCUAGCAUGUGCACCAGCCACGUGGCUUGUAGACCCCAGUAGGUGGUCGGGAGGAAGGAAGUUUCUAGAGCCGACGACUGCAUUGACAUCGUGACCUCGCAGAUCAUUGUGCAAGUAGUGGACAUGUGCAUUGCGAUUUCCCCACGGUUGAAAGCUUGUGUUGUACAUGCAUGCAGAGCCUGCAAUUUCUAAUCAGAGUCAUAGUCGUCAACGAGCUUGUCAAAUUGCCCCAAUCUAUUUCACAUAAUUGGGAACAGACAGCACUGAAUGAACUCCUCUCUGACUGGAAUCUGACGCUGAGAUUGGCCCGUCACGCGAGCCACGAGGUUGAUUUUAUGGAGAACGGCAUGUCUCGAAAAAUCGAUAUACUCAAAUCGAUGUAUGAGACGAGGGAGUUUACAGAGCGCGUGAAUUGCAGUUUCUGUUGCAGGCGGACGAAAUGGACAGAGAGGAAGUGCAUGAGGUUGUUGGUUGGAAUCAUGGAGCAGAGGAACAAUCCGCACAGAGGAGAUGACCAUGUGGUCCCUCGAACGAUCCAUCACGGCCACAUAGAAAAAGAGAAACAUCUGACGAAUCAUUCGAUUAGUCCCGCAACAGUUUCACAAAUAGAAAUUCACAAUGAACACAACGAACACUUGCUGCCGAACUGCUCGAUGUUUGAAAAUGCAUGGCAGCAGUUCAAGUUCAGCCUGCAGAGACCAUGAAUGCAGCAUCUGUCAUUCCAAACGAAAAGGACAGAAACACAGAAACACGCGACGAUAUGCUAAGACCCCACGAAAAACAGAG